CGUAAUACACAGACCUGUGCAUCUAUUCAGUUUCCGCUUCAAUAUGGACAGACAGACAGACACCGAUCGUUGUUGUCGGAUGAGAAAUCCUCCUUUAUCGAGUAGCCAUAAAAUUUCGGACACGUUAGUUUGUUUUACGGCAUUUUGCUUGUAGUGGAGAUGAUUUGUCUGAGAAACCGAUAAAUCUACAUUCGCGGGGAUAGGUCGGUGAAUGACUCAUCGCGGCCAUCACGACUGUCAUUUUACUUUAUUAUAAUAGUAUUAUAUACAAUGUAGUUAUUCUAGUUCAUCAUGAGUUGGCAAAUUAAUUUCGUUUGAUUUCAUGCAUUGAAAUCGGCUCAAUUUCUGUUAAAACAGACGAACGGCUCUUAAUCGAGGCUCAUGUUAUAACCUAUACUGUAUAUAUUGUGAAUUAAUCUCAGGAGAUUUCUACGGUGGAUAUGGCGAGGGAACCAAUUAUUGUGAAUGUCUAUGACAUGUACUGGAUCAACGAGUACACUACCAAUCUGGGAAUUGGGGUGUUCCAUGCUGGGGUAGAAGCAUUUGGAGUAGAGUAUGGCUAUGGAGGUCAUCCGCUGCCAAUGUCCGGCAUCUUUGAGAUCACUCCCCGGGAUGCAGAGGACUUGGGUGAACAGUUCAAAUUCAAGGAAUCUAUACAUAUUGGAACAACAGAUUUUAUGCCAGAAGAUGUGAAAAGAAUUGUUGAGCAACUUGGCAAGGGAUUCCGUGGCGACCGCUACCACCUACUGAAUAACAACUGCAAUCAUUUUUCAUCAUCAUUGACCCAGAUUCUGUGUGGAAAAGAGCUGCCAAGUUGGGUGAACAGACUUGCCUACAUCAGUACCUGUAUACCGUUCUUGGAGCGGGCCUUACCAAAGGAGUGGCUUACACCUGUAGCCUUACAGGCAGUUAUACAAGAGCCCAUGUCCCCGCCCCACGACGCUAGAGAAACGCAGCCCGAUUACUCGGACCACUCAGAUCAUAUACACAAUCGACAUCUAUAGAUAAUACAUGGCAAUGCAAAAUAUAUUUUGUUUAUACAGAGAAGAAAUAUUACUAUUUUAUUAUGUUGAUUUAUACGAAUACAUGACGGCUAUUUCUGAAUAGUGUCUCAAGAUUGGAAAAAGCUUUAAACCUCUUUUCUUUGUUGAGAUAAUUUCUUGUAGACCUGAUAGAUUUUAAUUGCCAUGUAUGCUCAUAUAAGGAUGAAGUUGAAACUGCUUCAAAUCAAUGUUGUCAUGCUAAUCACAAAUUAACUUUGUUUAGUUCUUUGUUUAAACAUUAUUGUCUUUAUGCCAUUUGCAUCAGACUCAGUAUUAAUUAGAUUUCUGCUGUUUAUUAUGAAACAGAUGCAAGGAUUUGAAUCAUCAUAGCUAUUUUAAAACUAUGUACAAUGAGUAUGCAUGGUCAAUUUAAAUAUUUAUUCUAAAAAUUUGUCGAUGGAUUUUUAAUGUUAACAGUACCGGUUUCCCCUCGCCAGAUUGGGCAAGUGAGCUUAUGGCACGGCACCUUGUUUGUCAAUUUCCUAGGGUUGCGAUAUUUGGCCAGUAGCAUGCUGGGCUAAGGGCUACCAAGUUUGUUCUAAUGAAUGACCUUAACUCACUCUCAAAGUCACAGAGGUCAAAUGUGUUAAAAUCUUUAAAUGAUUUACUCUCAGUAUCCAAAAGUUUAAGGUUCAUGAUAUUUGUUCAGCUGAGGUCAAAAGUCUUGUUGACUUUGAGAUGGUCCUAACCAAGUUCUGUCCGAAAUCCAAUAUGGCAACCAUCUUUAAAAACACCUUUUAAACUUCUGAAGUUCCACCUCUGGGAUUCAGUUCAAUCCUGCCUGAAAUGAACCUGAAAUGGUCCUGAGCAAGUGUUAAAUUUUGGUUUGGUCUGGAAUCAAAGAUGGUUGCCAUAUCCAACAGUACCAACAUGACCAUUAAGGCCCAUGGGCCCCACAGAAACCCUGAAACCAAAUACUGAUACCCUAGUGAAAUAAGCCUUUCAUCACUUGUACCAAAACCUUAACAUUAGAUUUGGCAUAAAAAUGUUAGAAAAUACAGAUUUUUUUCCCCAAAAAUAAUUUAUUCUGACUUUUGGUGACAAGGUUAUAGUUAACCCCCACACAAACUCUUGAAACCAAAUAUCAGUACUCUAGUGCAAUUAUAAGGGGAUUUGGUGAUACCUUUCAACACUUGCACCAAAACUUUAAUAAUAUUCAGAAUCUCAACGCUGACGCUGAUUCCAGCAUUGGGGUUACAACAUAAUUGCCUUCUCUAAGUUCGAGAGGCGACUAAAAAAUGUUCAAGAUGCUCAGUUGUGAAUUGUCUUUAUUGUUUUGUAUACUUAUUAUGUAAGUUUUUUA